AUGCCUCUGGACGGGGACGGCGACAAGAGGAAGCUCUUCGUUGCGGCCACCGCCGCCAACUACUUCGGCUUGCCGCCGCCCGCCAGCCUCGACGCCCUCUCCGCCAGCCCGGAGCUGGCCAGUUUCCUGGACGACGGCAACGAGUUUCUCCUCUCGGUGGGGCACUCGCAAGGCCAGCUCGUCGUCUCCCAGAAGAUUGAAGCUCGUAAUUCAAACGAUAAAAUAUUGGUAUUCUUCAAGCUGCGACCAGAUGUUAUCACAGAAGAUAAUCUUCAUACCAAUAUUCUUGUAUCAUCUAUGUUAGAUUCUCCUAUCAAUAUGCUUUAUCAAGCAGUGCGACAGGUAUUUGCACCAAUACUAUUAAAGGAUGAGAAAUGGAGUAAAGAUUUUGAUCCCAAACUCCAGAAUCUUUUGCGUGAAUUAGAGGCAGGUUUGGGUUCAGUUCUGAGAAGAACAGAUAAUGUCGAAAAAGGAGCCAAAUACCGGGAAGAUGACGUUCAAGCAAUACUUUCUCCAAAUGAUGAGUUUCAGUUCUGGACAGAACGUGCACAACAUGGAAGCAAACUGUGUAGCAAGGAGAGAGCCUCUCAUUUUAAAGAACUGUUUGAAGCCAUUGCAUAUGACUAUUACAACUUGGACAGCUUAUCUUUAUUUGAAGUUGUGGAUUUAGUGGAGACGACACAAGAUACAGUUGAUGAUGUAUGGAGACAAACUGAGCAUGAACCUUUUCCACAGCUACGCAUGCAAAACCUAUUGGAUGUCAUAGCUGGCUCUCUUGGAAGAUUUGUUCAGAAGAAGCUAGGAACGUUAAAUCUGUGGGAGGAUGCCUUUCACAUUGUGAAAGAAAAUCUGAAGGCUGGCAUCAUGAUCUGUGAACAGUGGGUGGCAGCCUGCGAUCACCUGACGGGGCAGCUGUGGCAGCGUUACACCCCACACUUGUGGCAGGGUGAGAAAUACAUUCCUGAAACACUGGGCAAACUCGGCAAGCGACUUGAGGAGGUGCUAACUAUUAGAACCCUCCAUGAGAAACUGACCUAUUUCUUGCCAACUGGUGAAGAGCAAGCAUUGCACCUUGCUCAGGUGUUUGAGCCCUUUGCUGGUCUGAAUCCUGUACACUAUAAUCCCUACACUGAGCCUUUGUGGAAAGCAGCCGUAUGUCAAUAUGAAAGAAUUAUUGCUCCAGCAGAACAGAAGAUAGCUAGCAAACUGAAGAAGUUUCUUUCAGAAAUCCAAGACAGUCCACAGCAGCUUCUUCAGGCAUUUCAGAAAUACAAGGAACUAGUAAAGCGCCCAAGCAUCAGCAAAGAAUUGCUUUUAGAAAGAGAAACUUUGUUGGUGAAACUUCAAGAUUCAGUCAAAGAUUAUCGAACAGACUUUGAGACAAGAUGUCAUGGUGUUCCUGGGGAUGUCUCUGGGCCACUGGCAGGCAAAAAUCUUUCUGAAGUUGUGAAUAAUAUUGUUUGGGUACGCCAGCUGGAAUUGAAGGUGGAUGAUGCUGUUAAGAUUGGAGAGGCGCUUCUUUCGGAUUUGCCUGGAUUUCGAAAUUUCCGCCGAACCGCAGAUGAUCUUCUGGAACAGUUCAAAGUAUACGAACAAGAACAAUUCGAUGAUUGGUCCAGGGACAUUCAGACAGGUCUGUCAAACCCAAAGUCUGGUCUUUGUAUACAGGCUAGCAAUCUUGUUAUGGAACUGGAUCAUUCUGAUGGAGCAUUAAAAAUACAUUAUUCAGAUCGUUUGGUGAUCCUCAUAAGAGAAGUUCGUCAGCUUUCAGCGUUUGGCUUUGUUAUUCCUGCCAAAAUACAGCAAGCUUCAAAUAUUGCACAAAAAUUCUUCAAGCAAGCGGUUAUUCUCAAACAGGUGGCACAUUUUUACAACUCUAUUGAUCAACAGAUGAUUCCAAGUCAAAAACCAAUGAUGCUGCAAUCAGCCUUAGCAUUUGAACAGAUAAUUAAACACUCAAAGUCUGAGGGACCAAUAACCUGGGAUAACCCUAAAGUAUUAGAAGCAUACAUAAAAAAGCUCCAAAGUGCAGCAGAACGGCUUGCCACAGAAAACAGAAAGUUAAGAAAAUGGCACACUACUUUUGCUGAAAAGGUUGUUGGGCUGAUGAACAUCGAUCUGCUUCGGCAGCAGCAACGCUGGAAAGACGGGUUACAGGAGCUGCGAGCUGUUUUUUCUGGCCUUGAGGCACAGGGUUUCCUUUCACGUGACAUGAAAGCUUGGAGACUGCACUGGAAUCAUCAACUAUACAAAGCCCUGGAGCAUCAGUAUCAGAUGGGUUUGGAGGCACUCAAUGAAAAUCUGCCAGAAAUAAACAUUGAUCUAACUUACAAACAAGGGAGGUUACAGUUUAAACCUCCUUUUGAAGAAGUGCGAGCACGAUACUACAGAGAAAUGAAGAGAUUCAUCUCUAUUCCCAAUCAGUUUCGGGGAGUGAGCGAGACGGAUGAGGAGUGCAUUUUUUCUGUUAUGACUGAAAGAAAUGCAAGUGGAUUUCUGACUACUUUUACUAAAGCAGAAAACUUGUUCAGAAGAUUGGCAGAGGUUGCGGACCAAUUUAAGGAGUGGAUUGUAAUGGGACAAGUGGAUAUGGAAGCUAUGGUGGAGAAUCACCUUUUUACUGAACAGGAUUGGGAAAAAAACUUCAAGGCACUAAAAGUGAGAGGGAAAGAAGUAGAGCGUCUACCAAGCACCAUGAAAGUAGAUUGCAUAAUUGUGAACUGCAACCCUGUGAAGACUAUGGUUGAUGAUCUCAUCCAGAAGUUGUAUGAUGCUCUUGUGAUGUCUUUAAGAAAAUCUGUACAAGCUCAUCUGCAUGAGAUUUCUUCAUUCCUUAGUGAUGCCAUGGAAAGUUUAAUAACCAGACCCCAAAGUGUGGAUGAAAUAGCGCAAGAUAAUUUAAACUAUAGAAACUUAACAGGAAAAAAAGGAGAGGUUUUCCUCCUGUUUCAAGAAGCAGAAGGUAAAAACAAGCUCCUUCGGACUGUGGCUGGUGGGGGCAUUGACACCAUCAGCAAUCUGAGAGCUACAUGGGACAAAUUUGAAUUAAUGAUGGAAAGCCAUCAACUUAUGAUUAAAGAACAGGUUGAAGUGAUGAAAGGUAACGUGAUGUCCCGUGUUAAUAUGUAUCUUCAAGGACUGGAGAAAUUUAAAGCACGCUGGGACCAGUUAAAACCCAGUGAUGAUAUCAUUGAAACAGGUCAUCAUGAUAUACUGCAGAAAAGUGCUCAGACAAUAAAAGAAAAGAAAGCUGAGUUUGAUGAACUUGAGGAUACGAAACAAAAGCUAAUCAAUGACUGUCAUCACUUUGAAUUAGAAGAGCCUGAUUUCCUUUUGGCUGAUGAAGUACGCCGAGACAUCGAUACUUGUGCAGAAGUUUGGGCACUGUAUGAACAAUUCUAUGAAGGCUUCCAAGAAAAAGCCAAUGAAGACUGGAUUACGUUUAGGAGCAAAACCUAUUUAUUUGAGGAAUUUUUACUAAGCUGGCACGACAAACUGAGGAAGAUUGAAGAGCACACUAUAAUGACCGUGAAGCUACAAAAAGAAGUUGAUAAGUACAAAAUGGCACUUCCUGUCCUGAAAUACGUUAGAGGAGAACACCUCUCUUCAGAUCAUUGGCUGGACCUCUUUCGGAUUCUUGGUCUUCCUAGGGGCACGAGCCUAGAGAACCUGUUGUUUGGAGAUCUGUUAAAAGUAGCAGAUGUCAUUGUGGAAAGAGCAGCGGAACUUAAGGAUUUGAACAGCCGGGCUCAUGGUGAGGUCAGUAUUAGAGAAGCCUUGCGUGAACUUGAACUCUGGGGAGUCGGUGCCAUCUUUACAUUGACAGAUUAUGAAGACAGCCACAGUCGGAUGAUAAAACUAAUUAAGGACUGGAAAGAUAUCGUCAAUCAGGUGGGCGAUAAUCGCUGCCUUCUUCAGUCACUAAAGGAUUCUCCGUAUUAUAGAGGUUUUCAAGAUAAAGUUUUUGUUUGGGAGAAGAAGCUUGCUGAGUUGGAUGAGUACCUGCAGAAUUUAAACCAAAUUCAGAGGAAGUGGGUCUACUUGGAACCCAUUUUUGGUCGUGGAGCUUUACCAAGAGAACAAGGCCGUUUCAACAGAGUAGAUGAAGACUUUAGAUCAAUAUUGGCUGAUAUCAAGCAGGACAACCGAAUAAUAUCCCUGAACUCUCGAGCAGGAAUAAGAAAUGCCUUGGUGACUAUUCUUGACCAACUUCAAAGAUGCCAGAAAUCCUUAAAUGAAUUUUUGGAGGAAAAGCGUUCAGCAUUCCCUAGAUUCUAUUUCAUUGGGGAUGAUGAUCUUCUAGAAAUCUUGGGACAGUCCACUAAUCCGUCUGUUAUCCAGUCUCACCUUAAGAAACUUUUUGCUGGCAUUCACAGUGUAAGCUUUGAUGAUGAUUUUAAACACAUACUCGCGAUGAAAUCCUUAGAGGGCGAAGUUGUACCUUUCAAAAAUAAAAUCCUCCUGUCGAAUGAUGUUGAGGUUUGGUUAAACAAACUGUCUUCAGAGAUGAAGGAGACACUGAAGCAAUUAUUGAUCAACUGUGUGACUAUUGGGAAAAGAUCACACGGUUCUAUUGAUCCAUCAUUUUUCCCCUCACAGAUUCUUUGUUUGGCUGAACAAAUUCAGUUCACUGAAGAAGUAGAAAAUGCGAUCAAAGAACAUAAUUUGCAAGAGCUAGAAUUAGAAUUAAUGGCUAAAUUGGAGCACUAUACAAGCAUAGACACUAAUACUGAAGAUUCAGGCAAUGCAGAAUCUGGAAUCCUUGAACUGAAACUUAAAGCCCUUAUUCUUGAUAUUAUUCAUAACAUUGAAAUUGUACGACAGCUGCACGAAGCCCAAAUUCAUACUGCCGAUGACUGGGUGUGGAAGAAGCAACUUAGAUUUUAUCUUAAGGAUCAAAAAUGCUACAUUCAGAUGGUAGAUGCUGAGCUGCAGUACACUUAUGAAUAUCAGGGUAAUUCUCCAAAGCUUGUUUAUACGCCGUUAACUGAUAAGUGUUAUCUCACACUUACUCAAGCUAUGAAGAUGGGCCUUGGAGGAAAUCCUUAUGGUCCCGCUGGAACUGGCAAAACAGAAUCUGUAAAGGCUUUGGGAGGACUACUUGGAAGACAAGUUUUGGUUUUUAAUUGUGAUGAGGGCAUUGAUGUGAAAUCAAUGGGCCGAAUAUUUGUUGGUUUGGUGAAGUGUGGCGCCUGGGGCUGUUUUGAUGAGUUCAAUCGACUAGAAGAAGCAGUACUGUCUGCCGUAUCCAUGCAGAUUCAGACCAUUCAGCAUGCUUUGAAGAAACAUCAGCCUGUUUGCGAGCUACUUGGAAAAGAGGUUGCAAUGGAUCACAAUUCUGGAAUCUUUAUCACAAUGAAUCCUGCUGGAAAGGGCUAUGGAGGCAGACAAAAAUUGCCUGAUAAUCUCAAACAACUGUUCCGGCCAGUUGCAAUGACUCGCCCUGACAAUGAGCUAAUUGCAGAGGUGAUUUUAUAUUCAGAAGGUUUUAAAGAUGCUAAAAUUCUAGGAAGAAAACUGGUGGCUAUUUUCAAUUUAGCAAGGGAGCUUUUGACACCCCAGCAGCACUAUGAUUGGGGUUUGCGUGCCCUGAAGACAGUCCUGAGAGGAUGUGGAAAUCUGCUUCGUCUGCUGAAAAAAAAUGGAAUGAAAGAGACAGUUAAUGAAAGCCAUAUCGUGGUCCAGGCUUUGCGACUUAAUACCAUGUCAAAGCUUACAUUUGCAGAUUGUGCUCGAUUUGAUGCAUUAGUUAAAGAUGUCUUCCCUGGUAUUGAUUUUAAGGAUGUAGAUUAUGAUGAACUCUGCAAGGCAUUACAUGAAGUCUUUGAGGAGGCUAAUUUGGAAAUCAUAUCUACCCAGCUCAAGAAGGGAUUGGAACUGUACGAACAACUACGUCAGAGAAUGGGAGUGGUUAUUGUGGGCCCAAGUGGUGCUGGUAAAUCUACCCUUUGGCGGAUGUUAAGGGCUGCCCUUGGGAAAGUUGGCAAAGUAGUGAAAUUGUAUGCCAUGAACCCCAAAGCUAUGCCUCGCCGUCAGUUGUUGGGCCAUAUUGACAUGGACACAAGAGAGUGGUCUGAUGGCGUGCUUACAAACAGUGCUCGGCAAGUGGUUCGCGAACCACCAGAUAUUACAUCAUGGAUAAUCUGUGAUGGUGACAUAGACCCUGAGUGGAUUGAAUCUUUGAAUUCUGUCCUUGAUGACAACCGUUUGCUCACUAUGCCCAGUGGAGAAAGAAUUCAGUUUGGCCCAAAUGUGAACUUUGUAUUUGAAACGCAUGACUUGAGUUGCGCCUCUCCCGCCACAAUAUCUCGGAUGGGAAUGAUCUUUCUGAGUGAUGAAGAUACGGAUCUCAAUUCCUUGAUAAAGUCUUGGAUAAGAAAUCAGCCUGAGGAAUGUAGGCACAAUCUUGAAAACUGGAUUGGGGACUAUUUUGAGAAGGCUUUAAAUUGGGUCCUGAAACAGAAUGACUACGUGGUAGAGACAAGUUUGGUUGGAACGGUGAUGAAUGGCUUGUCACAUCUACAUGGCUGCACGGAACGGGGACAGUUUAUAAUUAGCCUGAUAAGAGGACUGGGUGGAAAUCUCAACAUGAAAUCGAGACAGGAAUUUACAAAAGAGGUUUUCAACUGGGCACGAGAGUCUCCUCCGAAUCCCAGCAAAGCACUGGAUACUUUUUAUGAUUCAGAAACUGAGCGCCUAAUGACAUACCAGCUGAAAAAGCCUGAAAACUUGACUGCUGACGACUUCAGUAAUAUUCAGACUCUUCCAGUCAUUCAAACGCCUGAUAUGCAACGAGGUUUAGAUUACUUUAAACCUUGGCUAGGGUUUGAUAGUAAACAGCCCUUUCUUCUUGUUGGCCCUGAAGGAUGCGGGAAAGGAAUGUUGCUUCGCUAUGCUUUUUCUCAGCUGCGUUCUACUCAGAUCGCUACAGUUCACUGCAGUGCUCAGACUAGCUCUCGGCAUCUUCUGCAAAAACUAAGCCAGACAUGUUUGAUCAUCAGCACCAAUACUGGGCGAGUGUACAGGCCAAAAGAUUGCGAAAGGCUCGUUUUAUACCUUAAGGAUAUCAACUUGCCCAAACCUGAUAAAUGGGGAACCAGCACACUUGUGGCUUUCCUGCAGCAGGUGCUGACAUAUCAGGGAUUUUAUGAUGAAAAUCUUGAAUGGGUUGGGUUAGAAAACAUCCAAAUUGUGGCCUCCAUGUCUGCUGGAGGAACUCUGGGAAGACAUAAACUCACUUCCAGAUUUACGUCUAUUGUUCGUCUUUGUGCAAUUGAUUAUCCAGAGAGAGAUCAACUGCAGACCAUUUAUAGUGCCUACUUAGAACCUGUUCUGCACAAGAACUUAAAGAAUCAUCCUGCUUGGGGAUCGUUAGCAAAAAUAUAUCAGUUGGCGGGAUCAAUGGUCCAAGUAUAUGAGCAGGUUCGAGCCAAGUUCACUGUAGAUGAUCAUAGUCACUAUCUCUUUACACCCUGCAUUCUUACUCAGUGGGUUCUAGGCUUGUUCAGAUAUGAUUUAACAGGAGGGGCAUCUACAAAUACCCUAGAUACUGUUUUGGAAAUUGUUGCUUAUGAAGCACGCCGUCUCUUCCGUGACAAAAUUGUUGGUGCUAAGAAACUACAUAUAUUUGAUAAUAUUUUAAUGAAAGUCUUUGAAGGAGAUUGGGGUUCUGAUGUUCUGGACAACAUGGCAGAUAGCUACUAUGUAACAUGGGGAGCUCGUAAUGAACUAGGAGCACUUAUGGCUCCAGGGCAAACAUUACCACCCCAUGGAAGGCCACUUGGCAAACUUAACUCAGCAGAUUUAAAAGAUGUUAUCAAAAAGGUGAUGCAGCUUGCGGGAAUUGAAGCACAACAUGUUGUGUUGUUGCUUGAGGACUAUCAGUUUGUCCACCCUACGUUUCUUGAGAUGAUCAACAGUUUACUGUCUUCAGGUGAAGUUCCUGGACUGUAUACAAUAGAAGAAUUAGAGCCACUUCUGUCCCCUCUGAAAGAUCAAGCUUCGCAAGAUGGGUUUACAGGACCAGUAUUUAACUAUUUUACUUAUAGAAUCCAACAAAAUCUUCAUGUGGUGUUGAUUAUGGAUUCUACUAACUUGAAUUUCACAAUAAACUGUGAAAGUAAUCCUGCACUUCAUAAGAAAUGUCAGGUGCUCUGGAUGGAAAGUUGGUCUGAGAGCAGUAUGAAAAAGAUACCUGAAAUGUUAUUUACAGAAGCAGAUGAAAAGGCAGCUAAAGCAUCAAAGGAACACAAGAAAAAGCAUUCUGGUGAUCCUGAUUUCUUAAAAUCCUUUUUGAUGAUCCACGAGUCAUGUAAAACAUAUGGAGCUACUCCCAGAAGAUAUAUGACUUUUUUGCAUAUGUAUUGUGCUAUCCAUAACAGCAAAAGGUCAGAGUUGAUUAAAAGGCAGAGCCAUUUGCAGGCUGGAGUGGCUAAGCUGAAUGAAGCAAAAGCCCUUGUUGAUGAGCUGAAUAGGAAAGCUGAAGAGCAAAGCAUAUUGCUCAAAAUGAAGCAAGAGGAGGCUGAUGCUGCACUCCGAGAAAUCACUGUUUCUAUGCAGGAUGCAAGUGAGCAAAAAGCAGAAAUGGAAAAAAUAAAACAGAAGAUAGCAGAAGAAGCUGUAAAAAUAGAAGAAAGAAAAGCAAUAAUUGAGGAUGAAUUAAAGGAGGUUCAGCCACUGGUUAAUGAAGCUAAAUUAGCAGUUGGAAACAUCAAACCUGAAUCUCUGUCAGAAAUCCGCUCCCUUCGCAUGCCACCUGAUAUCAUUAGAGAUAUAUUGGAGGGUGUCUUACGGCUGAUGGGCAUUUUUGAUACGUCAUGGGUGAGCAUGAAGAGUUUCCUUGCCAAAAGAGGAGUCAGAGAAGACAUUGCAACCUUUGAUGCUCGGAACAUUCCGAAGCAGAUCCGUGAGAGCGUAGAAGAACUUCUAGCUAAAAAUAAAGCAUCUUUUGACCCAAAGAACGCUAAAAGAGCCAGUACAGCAGCUGCACCCCUGGCAGCAUGGGUUAAGGCCAAUGUUCAGUACUCCUAUGUCCUGGAACGAAUUCACCCUCUGGAAACUGAACAGACAGGCCUCCAACGUAACCUUAGGAAAACUGAAGAGAGAAAACAGAAACUAGAAGACUUGCUAAAUUCUGUGGGCCAAAAAGUAGCAGAACUAAGAGAUAAGUUCCAGGCUAGAACCUCUGAGGCAGCUAAGCUUGAAGCAGAAGUUGCUAAAGCACAAGAAACAGUGAAAGCUGCAGAGAUACUGAUUAAGCAGCUUGAUAGGGAACACAAGAGAUGGAACACACAGGUUUCAGAGAUAGCAGAUGAACUGAGCACGCUACCAAGAAGAGCUCAGUUGGCUGCGGCUUUCAUUACUUAUCUUUCUGCUGCACCAGAAGAUCAAAGAAAAGCAAGUUUGGAUGCCUGGACAAAGUCGGCUGGCCUGGAAAAAUUUGAUCUUAGGCGAUUCCUGUGCUCAGAGAGUGAGCAAUUGAUUUGGAAAAGUGAAGGUUUGCCCUCAGAUGAUCUGUCAAUAGAGAAUGCCCUUGUGAUAUUGCAGAGUAAAGUUUGUCCAUUUUUGAUAGACCCUUCUUCCAGAGCUACAGAGUGGUUGAAGACACACUUGAAAGAAGCACGCUUGGAAAUUAUUAACCAGCAGGAUGCCAACUUCAUUAAUGCCCUUGAAUUGGCUGUGCGAUUUGGGAAAACACUCAUCAUACAGGAAAUGGAUGGAGUAGAGCCUGUGCUUUAUCCACUACUAAGAAAGGACCUUAUUGCUCAAGGACCACGAUAUGCUGUACAAAUCGGUGACAAAAUCAUUGACUACAAUGAGGAAUUUCUCCUAUUUCUGUCAACAAGAAAUCCCAAUCCUUACAUCCCACCCGAUGCAGCUUCCAUUGUAACAGAAGUUAACUUUACUAUAACAAGAAGCGGCUUAAGGGGGCAGCUGUUAGCAUUGACUAUCCAGCAUGAGAAACCAGAUUUAGAAGAACAGAAGACAAAACUGUUACAACAGGAAGAAGAUAAGAAGAUACAGUUAGCAAAACUUGAAGAAACACUUUUGGAGACCCUUGCAACCUCUCAGGGAAAUAUACUUGAAAACAAAGAUCUGAUUGAAUCCCUGAAUCAGACAAAAGCAAGUAGUGCUCUCAUCCAAGAAUCACUUGUGGAGUUCCAUAGGCUUCAGAUUUCUCUUGAUCAGGAAAGGGAUGCCUAUCUCCCUCUGGCUGAAAGUGCCAGCAAGAUGUACUUUAUUAUCUCUGACUUGUCCAAAAUUAAUAACAUGUACCGCUUUAGCUUGGCUUCUUUCCUAAGACUUUUUCAAAGGGCUCUGCAAAGUGAACUGGAUUUAGGAAAUACCGAAGAAAGAAUCAAGUCUCUUAUCAGCUCAUUAAAACACAUGGUGUACGAAUAUGUCUGUCGCUGCUUAUUUAAGGCCGAUCAACUAAUGUUUGCAUUGCAUUUUGUGAAAGGGAUGCAUCCUGAACUUUUUCAAGACAAUGAAUGGGACUCAUUUACUGGAGUAAUCAUUGGCGACAUGCUAAGAAAAUCUGAUUCCCAAAAAAACAUUCGAGACCAGAUUCCCUCUUGGAUAGAGCAGGAAAGAGCUUGGGCAGUGGCGUCUCUUAAGGUAAUACUUCAUUUCAGUGUUCCUGCUAAAGUUAAUUUAGCUCUGUGA